AUGCAGUCUGAAUCCAAAAAGUAUGAAGAAGAGACACCGUCUCUGCACUGGGGGAUGGAUCCUGUGUUUUCUGCAUUCGCAAGACUCUAUAUUAAAGAUAUAAAAGAAAUGAGAGAAUCUAAACAAGUGCCAGGUAUAUUCUUUUAUAACGGGCAUCCAGUCAGACAGGUGGAUGUUGUCGGGAUAGUGGUUCAGACAAAAGAGCGGGAUGCCUUUUAUAAUUAUGGAGUGGAUGACAGUACUGGAGUUAUAAAUUGCAUCUGCUGGAAAAAUCCCAUGGUAACAGAAACAUCUUUAUCAGGCCGUCCAAGCACACCCAACAGUCUUACUGUACUUGAACAGAUGAAGAAACUCCAAGAAAUAGUGAGCCAGAAAACCAAGCUGGAGAUCGGGGAUGUUGUCAGGGUCAGAGGUCACAUCCGAACCUACAGGCAACAAAGAGAAAUUCAGGCUUCGUGUUUUUAUAAAGUGGAUGAUCCCCUGUGUGAUGUGCAGAUUUCAAGAAUGCUGGAGCUUCCCUGCCUGUAUAGAGAAGUUUAUGAUAAACCUUUCCAAGGCCCCGAGGAGGGACAGAGUGGCCUGGAGGGUCAGCAUUUCUCCAUCAGUAUGCUGCAUGAAAAAGUGAAAGGCUUUCUAAUAGAAAACAAAAUUCAGACCUUUUACCAACAGGAGUUGGAAACAAUUGAUACUCUGGUGUCACUGGCUACUGUGCACCUACCCAGUCCCAGCUGUCAGGAGGUGAAGCCAAAAAGUGACUCCAGUUCCAAAAGGAUUCACAGUGUUUUUAAGGAAGCAAUAAGGAUGCUGCAAGAAAAAGGGGUGGUUUUCCAGAAACCUGGUAGCUCCAAGGACUUAUACCAUGUGACUGACCAUGAUAAGGAGCUGCUUAAAGUGACUCUUGAUGCGAUUAAAGAAGACUGUCGAAAACCGAGGCAUGCUGAAAAAGGUUGUCAUUUCCUUCAUGUCCUGAGUUGUGUUCGGCAGAGCUACAACCCCUCUCUGGCUGAAGUGGUGAUGCAUCGUGUCUUGGAACUGCUGGAGAGUAACAGUGAUGUUGUCAGCACUAUGGAAGGAUAUUAUAUGGCAUUUUAG